CUUCUUCAAGGUCUUCCUGGCAGUCCGCCUGUGGAAUCGGAUCAGCAGCAGCAGCGGUCGGCCCCGCCAUCACCACCGCCAGCACUACCGCUGUCACCACCGCCAUCAUUCAGAGAGAGCUGUGAUGUUCAAGACAGUGCCAACGAUGGUGGUAGUUUCCCGUCGUCUGAUCUCAACGCUGAUGAUGAUGAUGAUGAUGCGGACUGUACUGGUGGCGGUGCCAACACCACCGAUGCGUUGAUAUCACCAGUGUCGGUGCGCAACAGUAGCAGUACAGCCCAGACCAGCAGCACCAGUCCCACCACCAUGGGCACUAUUUAUAGUGAGCCCGCGAGCUUUCCACCACCGCCAUCAUCUACUGGGCCACUGCCACUUCCAACUGCUCUGCCAACAACCGCCACAUUUGUUGGUAGUAAGGGCCGAGCAGGCAUCACCGCUGGCACUGCCUCUACCACAUCAACGACAACUACUACCACUUCGCCCAUCUCCACCACCACCACCACCAACUCCUCUUCGCCAUCAUCGAGUAGCACUGCCUCUACAGUUGGCCUGCCGGCAAACCCGGAGAACAGCGGCUCUCAGCAGCAGCCUCAGCAGCAGUCAGGCAGUAGUAGUGCUUCGGUUCUCUUACCUUUAGCACUCGAGAAGACGAUCUACUUGCGGAAAAAGCACAGCAAUUUAGGCAUGGUGCUGGUGCUAGCUGACAAUGGCGCCAAUGGCUACGUUGUGAAGAGUCUCGAUUCGAGCGGGCUCAUCUUUCAGGACGGCCGAAUCCUCUUGGGCGACUACAUUGUCGCACUGAACGGCACCUCACUGCGCAACACCACCAAGGACCAGGUGUUUGCCUUGCUGCAACAGUGCCAGAACAGCGCCAAUAAUGACCUUAUCAUAAAGUAUAUUCCUCAAUCUGAUGCACAACAGUUCAGAAAAGCAAACUCUAUGCCUGACUCAAAUCAAGACCAAACUUCGGCGAUGUCCAUCGUCACCAGUAAACAACAAAGCACCUCACUGAGUGAUAACUUAAACCACAAAGCCUCUUCCUCCUCCACGACGACUGCCGUUGAGCCCAGCAAACCUGCUUCCAGCAAACAGUGCCUUGUCCCAGUGCCACAGUUGGCGGUAAACAACAGUAAACAACAACAACAAGAAAAGCGUGAUAAGAGUGCUGAGAACAGCAGACUAUCAGCUUCCUCUAGUGCCAGCAGUCUAAUGAGGAGCAGUGACUCGCUGAUUCCCGUCGCGUCUAUCAACUCGGCCGCCGCUUUCAGGCGACACUGGGGCGAGGAGAUUUCGGUAGAGUUGGUGAGGGCCGAGAACAAGGGUUUCGGUAUCAGCAUCAUCGGCGGCAAGGACAACACCCUCAAGUCGACGCUGACGGGCAUUCUCAUCAAGAAGAUCCUCCCUGACAGUCCGGCGCUGCGCUGCGGCCUCCUUAAGACCGGUGAUCGGUUGUUGGAGGUGGGCGGCGUUGAUCUGCGCGAUGCCAGCCACGACGAAGCCGUCGAGGUGAUCAAGAAUGCCGUCAGUCCGGUGCGCUUUGUCGUGCAGAGUCAUAUUCCGCUGAACAAGGAGCAGGCUUUUGCGAACGGUUGUUCAACUAAGCCCACUACCAGUUCCAGCACUGCCACCGCCACCAUCGACAGCAGCAGCAGCAGCAACUACCUUUCCAUAUCACCACUGAACAAGAGUAAAUCCCUGUCGGACACAUCGUUGAUUAAUGAGGGCCUGCAGAAAUCGUUUCUCUCCUACUCUGAUCGGGCGAACCUGCCCGCCAGCGGCACUGAAUCACACGAUCGGGCCCUUUCGCCUAAGCAGCAGCAGCAGCAGCAGCAGCAGUCCUCCAGCAGUGCAAGCAAGCCUAGAAAGACCUUCACCAGCAGCACCAGCACGACCGCUGCUUCCUCCUCCACCAGCAACACCACCAGCACAACAACAGCCACGAACGCAGCCAGCAAGCAGAACAGCAAUGAAGACGUCUCAGCCAGCUAUCCCAUUAAUCUCAUGACAAGUGCAGCGCAUGUAAGGCUGACUCAGGCGGACAUUGAUGAAGCAACGCGCGAGGAGCUGGUCGAAGACGAAUACGGCUACUCCCUCAAGAAAAUUAAAAUCAAGUACAACGACAUCAAUGGGUCAACGUUGCUGGUGGACCUGCAUAAGGGCCUGACUGGCCUGGGCAUCAGCCUCGCCGGUAAUCGCGACCGAACGAAGAUGAGCGUCUUCAUCUGCGGCAUGCACCCCAAGGGCAGUGCCUACAAGGAUGGUCGACUGAAGAUUGGCGAUGAAAUACUGGAGUACAACGACAUCAAUGGGUCAACGUUGCUGGUGGACCUGCAUAAGGGCCUGACUGGCCUGGGCAUCAGCCUCGCCGGUAAUCGCGACCGAACGAAGAUGAGCGUCUUCAUAUGCGGCAUGCACCCCAAGGGCAGUGCUUACAAGGAUGGUCGACUGAAGAUUGGCGAUGAAAUACUGGAGGUAGGUGUACGCUGUGUACAAAGAGAUGGUGCCUUAGACGAGAUGGCUGUUAAACCGCUCACACAGUUUCCCGUCCACUUGGAGGAUUUUCUCGAGGAGAAGUACUGCAAGUACAAAGGUGUUCGCACCAUCACAGUCAGAAAAGGAUCUCAAGGUCUAGGCAUCAUGAUCAUCGAGGGCAAACAUUCCGAGCUGGGUCGGGGCGUUUUUGUGUCGGACAUUCAGGAGGGCAGCGCCGCGGAGAGCGCCGGUCUCAGCGUGGGCGACAUGAUUCUCUGCGUCAAUCAGACUGAUCUCAUUGGGGCUGACUACGAGACGGCGGCCAAUUCCCUGAAGUGCGCCGAAGGGCUGCUGACGCUGGUGAUCGCCAAGCCAGGCAAGUCAGUGCACUACGAAGCAACCACUCCGACCGCAGUCGACGUUCAGUCCUACCAGCAGCAGCAGCACUGGAACAAGAGCACCGAACAGCAGCAGUCCUCCUUUCUCGACGUCAACAGCAACCCCGAGACGAAUGCGCCAGCACAGCAACACAGCUCCAGCACCCAAGGCACUGCCUCCUCAACGACCACCCUUCUCAACGCCGACAAAACGGCCGUGGUUUUGGGCGGUUUACAACAACCCAACACCGGUGAAUGCGACUUUAAGACCUGUCUCGUGAAGAUGGGCGAGGUGACCACCAUUGAGAUUGUUCGUGAAAAGCUCGGUCUUGGCCUGAGCAUCGUCGGCGGCAUCGACACGCCACUGAGUGCAGUCAUCAUUCACGAGGUGUAUCGCGGCGGCGCCGUUGACAUUGACGGCCGCCUCAAGCCGGGCGACCAGAUUCUCGAGGUGAACGGCGAAGACCUGCGACACGCACCGCACGAACAAGCAAUCAAAGCGUUGCGUCAGACGCCACCGGUCAUCAAAAUGAAGGUGUACCGAGAGCGGGGCGAUGUUAAUCUCAACGACAACUACGAGGUUUUUGACGUGAAGCUGACAAAGAAGCAAGGCAAAGGACUGGGACUGAGCAUCGUCGGAAAGAAGGACGGCACUGGCAUUUACAUCUCUGAGAUUGUCAAGGGCGGCAUUGCCGACAUGGACGGCAAUCUCACCAUUGGCGACCAGAUACUGCAGGUCAACGGACGAGACCUGACGCACAUUGCACAGGAGGAAGCGGCCCUUAUUCUCAAGACUGCCAAAGGCGUAAUAAAUCUAAAGAUUGAGCGGUUCAAAUACGGAUGCCAAAUGAACUCGACCAAUGCCAAGGGCGAAGAGCUUUCUGUGGACGA